AUGGAAAAUAGAGAGGAGGGUGCAUAUAGACCGUCGUUAGGUUUCCCACUUGGUACGGCUUUGUUGCUGAUUCUCAUUUUCAGUAUAAGUGGUUUAUUCUCUUGUUGUUAUCACUGGGAUAAAUUUAGAUCCCUUCGUAGAUCUUUUUCACGGCGUGCUGCUGACCAUCACCAUCAAGCAGAAGAAGAUAUUGAUUUGGAGGCUAAUAGUACUAACAAUCACAACUCAGUCAACCAAUCAUCGUCGUCAAAACCUUUCGAAAUCUAUCCCCAUGGGAACCAAAACACAAACGGAAGUAUGCCGGUAAUAAUGCCAGGAGAUAAUAUUGCAAAUUUUAUAGCAUUGCCGUGUCCUUGUGAGCCAUUUCGACCGGAUAAUGUCGUCGUUACAAUAAAAAGUAUACAACAAACACCACUGCCGCCUCCUCCUCCUCCGCGGAGACCUGUGUACAAUCAUGCAUAUACAGACUCUGCAGCAGGGCGAUGGAAUAUUACACCAUUAUCCAUAAUCAAGGAUGGAGACAACUUUUUGCUGGAUUUAGCUCUUAACUCAAUGAAGGAGAGUAAAAAAAUACUUUUUGGUGGCGUUAUUCUCAAGUGUCCCCAUGCAUUAGAGUUGGCAGUAGUUGCUAGGGAAAUUUGA